AUGAUCCAUGCAGUUCUAAUAUUCAACAAGAAAUGCCAACCAAGAUUGGUAAAGUUUUAUACCCCAGUGGAAUUGCCAAAACAGAAGUUAUUGCUUGAUCAGGUAUAUGAAUUGAUAAGUCAACGCAAUAGUUCUAUUCAAUCCUCAUUUUUAGUUACCCCACCCUCUCUUUUGUCUGGUGGCGAUGGACCAAAUAUAAAUGAAGAUAUCCAGAUAAUUUACAAGAAUUAUGCCACCUUGUACUUUACAUUUAUCGUAGAUGAUCAAGAAUCUGAGCUGGCUAUAUUAGACCUAAUCCAGACUUUUGUUGCAGCACUGGACAGAUGUUUUGCUGAGGUAAAUGAGUUAGACUUGAUUUUUAAUUGGCAAACGUUGGAAAGCGUAUUGGAGGAAAUUAUACAAGGUGGAAUGGUAAUUGAAACAAACGUUAGGAAAAUAGUGGAAGCUGUAGAUGAAUUAAACAAGACUUCUGAUCAGGAUAAUCGGUUUAGUCGGAAUUUUGGAAAUGCAAUACACGCAUUCACUCAAGGAGGUUUCAUCAACUGGGGUUCACAUCAAUAG